AUGAAGAUCCAGUAUCGCGAUGCAACCCUCGAUCUCGAGGAUAUUGCCGAUGAGACAAUUAUCGAUUUGGCUACGAGAUGUUCCGAACACAUCGGCGUGGAUCUCGAGCGAGUCUCAUUAUUCUUCCUCCCAAGGCCAGGCAUGGUCAAGUAUCCCUUCUCCGAUCGCAAAUUGAGUGAAUUCCUCACUCCAUCUACACGGGUCAAAUUGAUUGGAGCACCUAACAGUGAGGUGAAGAAGAUGGGUGAUAUUAGCACGGCGAGCCAACGACGGGAUCGACCCAGCAGUGUCAAGACGGUCGCAGCGAACAAAUCUCGAGACUGGAAGAAGGUGCGGGAGGAAAGCAUGUAUACAUUUCACGCCAUCGAACCCCUCAGUUACCUCCCGAACCCAGAAAAGAGUCGACGGUUUCUAGAAAGACUGGCCAACGAUCCAGGAAUCAAAGCAUCGAUGCGCAAACACAAAUUCAGUGUUGGGCUGCUGACAGAGAUGAAUCCUGCGGAACACACCACUCACGAAUCGAAAACGCUCGGGCUGAACAGGAAUGCUGGCGAAGUCAUUGAGCUGCGAUUACGAACAGAUCGAUAUGACGGGUAUAGGGACUACAAAGUCAUCCGCAAGACGCUUUGCCACGAAUUGUCGCACAACGUGUGGGGAGAUCAUGAUCGCAACUUUUGGAAUCUCACCAAGGAAAUUGAACAGGAAGUGGAACGCAACGAUACGUUGCAUGGUGGACAUCGACUGUCAAAUGAAGAAUUUUACGAGCCAAGUGACACGUAUGACGAUGCCGAACACACGGAUGAGGGUGGCUGGAAAGGAGGGGACUUUGUGCUGGGUCGAUCCAAGGAUAGUCCAAGUGACGCGGGUCUGAGCCGACGUGAAAUAAUAGCACGAGCAGCGAUGAUCAGACAGCAAAAAGAACGAGAGGCGAGAGAGCAUCAGGAGCCGCCAGCGUCAUGA